CUAUUCUCUUUGAUGGGCCGGCAUAGAUAUACACUUGAAGCAAAAAGACAAACAAUUAAGGGGCGAAAAACACUUGGCUUUGUUAUAAUGUUGAAAUUGAAAGUAAUUGAUAUAUAAAUAGCCUAUGUUUCCAAUGGAAAUUAUUGUGGAGCACACUAUACUCUACAAAUUAAUUGAGUUAAAUAAAAUCUUGUCUUAGUUUUCUGCUAACAAUUAACAUGAACACCUUUGGUCCUUCUUCCCCACCUAAAUGGUCAGCUCAAUUAUGUGACUGUGGAGAAAAUCCUGCAACAUGUUUUAUUACUUGCUGUUUACCAUGUAUCACCUUUGGCCAAAUUGCAGAAGUUGUGGAUGAAGGAAGUAAUUCUUGUGUUGCACAAGGAUGUGUGUACGGACUACUGAUGUCAAUUACGUGUCACUGGCUGUACUCAUGUCUCUACAGAGAGAAAUUAAGAGCCAAGUUUGGUUUACCAGCUGAACCUUGUUGUGACUGUUGUGUUCAUUUCUGCUGUGAUUUUUGUGCCUUAUGCCAAGAACAUGCUGAACUCAAAGCAAGAGGUUUUGACCCUUCCAAAGGUUGGAUUGGGCCACCGAAUGCUCCUCCGCCUCAAAUGCCUCCCACCAUGUUUCGCUGAUCCAUUAACCAUUAAUUAAUUUUUUGUAAUAGUGACGAUAUCUCCUUUUCAUUUAUAAUAAAGA